GAGCCCGCCCCCUAGGGGCGGAGCUGGGCGGGGCGGGCUGGGGGUGACCCGCCCCGCAGCGGCUGCUUCAUGUGACCCCGCAGCUGCUGCUGCUGCCGCUCCGACUCCGUAUCUCCUCCUCGCACUUUUCCCUUCUGUUUUCCGUCUUUCCCUUCCUUCCUUCCUUCCUCCCGGCCAUGCAAGUCCCGGAGGCGGCGCCCCGGACGGAGUUGUUCCCCUCCGAGCGGGCCGUGGUAUUGCUGUCCUGCGUCCUGUCCUUCCUGGGCUCUGGCCUGCUGGUGGCCACCCACGCCCUGUGGCCGGAGCUGCGGAGCCGCGCCCGCCAGCUGCUGCUCUACCUGUCCCUGGCCGACCUCCUCUCGGCCGCCUCCUACUUCUACGGGGUGUUUCGGGACUUCGACCGCUCCUCCUGGGACUGCAGGCUGCAAGGAGCCCUCUCCACCUUCGCCAACACCAGCUCCUUCUUCUGGACCGUGGCCGUCGCCUUUUACCUCUACGUGACCAUCGUCCGCUCCGGCCUCGGCCCCGGGACGGGCAGCCGGCUCCUCUACUGCUUCCACGUCGUAAGCUGGGGAGUCCCACUGGUGAUCACGGUAGCUGCUGUCUCCCUCAAGAAGAUUGGUUAUGAUGCGUCGGAUGUCUCGGUGGGCUGGUGCUGGAUCGACAUAGAGGCCGAAGAUAGAGUCCUGUGGAUGCUCUUGACAGGAAAGCUGUGGGAGAUCUUGGCCUACAUCCUGCUACCCCUCCUCUAUAUCCUCAUCAAGAAGCACAUCCAUGGAGCGCACGCAGCGCUGUCCGAGUACCGGCCCAUCCUGGCUGGGCCCCACCCCUUCCAGUCUCGGACGUCAAUUGCAGAUAAGAAGCUCAUCCUCAUCCCCAUCAUCUUCAUCUGCCUCCGCAUCUGGAGCACGGUCCGAUUCAUCCUGACCCUCUGUGGCUCCCCUGCGGUGCAGACCCCUGUACUGGUCGUCCUGCAUGGUAUCGGGAACACAUUCCAAGGAGGCGCCAACUGCAUCAUGUUUGUCCUCUUUACCCGGGUGAUCCGUACUCGGCUCUUCUCUCUCUGCUGCUGUCGACUCCGCUCCUCCUCCUCUGACAGUCCAGAUGGCCCUUCCCACGCGCCUGUUCCUACGCGGACAGGAGAGUCCCAGGAAUCCUCACGGACUCCAGUUGAACUUCCAAGCACUUGAGCCUGGGACCCUCCCCUCCCCCAGCUUCAUACAGACUCAGACUUCCUGGGGAAAAAUGAAAUAUGCUGCUGAAGGUCUAGGAAAGGCCCGCAGAGGGGUCUGGAAGCUUGUCCAUUUGGCCCACAAGUGCAGCCAACUGGAAGAUCAUCUAAUCAUCUUACUCUGAGGAGCUUUGAUGCCAGCUUUCCUGAGGACCGGAGCAGUACUGCCCGGCACAUGCUCACCUAUCUCCUCUCUUCCUGUCCUGCCAUCUGGAGACAUGGGGAAUUGGAUCUGGGUUCUUUUGUGGCUUUGGGGUGCAUUUCCCCACCUGGAGCUGCUGUGGUGGGGGGAGUGGGGGUCAGCCUUUUCCAGAAGGUGUACACCUGGUUUGAGGGUGAGUAGUAGUGGGACAGAAUCACCUCUACCUGGACUAAGGUCGGUCUGCUCCCAGUUCCCCAGAAGCGAUGACAGCAGAUCAACUCUCUUCUCUUUUCUAUGCAACCUCUUGGCUUACUCUCCAUGUAGCUUUUUGCUCUCUGGAGUGCUGGAGCAUACAGCUGAGUCUACAAAGGCUGUACUCCCAGUCAAGGAGAAGCCUGCCUGAGCUGUCAAAACAAGAACUUCCUGGCAGAGUCACAUAUUUGGGCCAAUCCCAAUGAAAGACUUUUCUCUCUGCGAUCCUUAGGCCUCUCGGUCUUUGACGUUUGCUUCCCCCGUGGCUCUGGAUUUUGAAAGGGUUGUGGGGGUUUUUUACAAGGGUGCUAACACCGUUUCAGUGUGUCUGGUUCAGAAUUCCUCACCUCUCCCACUUGAUGCACUUUCUGAACCUUUGUCUUUUUAGUCAGCCCAUUCCUGCCUGAGGCAGGAAUUGAUGUUUUGUAUGGAAAAGUCAUUAUUUUUGGUUUUCAGCGAGCAGCAAGGGCACAUAGGCAGGCCCUGGAGCUCAGGUCCACUAAAGGGAGAAAUGGUUUUACAAACCACCAGCUUUAACCCAAUAAACGAUUGCAAGGGAA